AUGUCCACUGUGGUAGCUCAGUCGCUGCAUGUUUUUGGUCUUCGAUCCCACGUGUCCAACAAUGUGUUCUUCUUCGAUGAACAGAUCAUUAUAUUUCCUUCAGGAAAUCACUGUGUGAAGUACAAUGUGGAUCAGAAGUGGCAAAAAUUCAUUCCAGGCUCAGACAAGAGUCAGGGCAUGUUGGCCUUGUCCAUCAGUCCCAAUCGGCGAUACCUUGCUAUCUCCGAGACUGUGCAAGAAAAACCCGUCAUCACCAUUUACGAGCUGUCAGCCGUUCCUUGCCGAAAGCGCAAAGUCCUUAAUAAUUUUGACUUCCCAGUUCAGAAGUUCAUUUGCAUGGCUUUUUCUCCAGACUCCAAAUACCUCUUGACCCAGACGUCACCUCCAGAGUCAAACCUUGUCUAUUGGCUGUGGGAAAAACAGAAAGUAAUGGCCAUCGUUAGAACUGAUACUCAGAACAAUGCUGUCUACCAGGUGAGCUUCAAUCCCCAGGAUAACACUCAGAUUUGUGUCACUGGAAAUGGGAUGUUUAAGCUUCUCCGUUUUGCUGAGGGAACCCUGAAGCAAACUAAUUUUCAGAGGGGAGAACCCCAAAACUAUCUCGCCCACACCUGGGUGUCUGAUGACAAGAUUGUUGUUGGCACUGACACAGGCAGGCUCUUCCUCUUUGAGUCUGGAGAUCAACGCUGGGAGACAAGUAUCAUGGUCAGGGAGCCCACCAGUGAGACGAAAAACCUGGGGGUGAUCCAGGAAUCCGAGAGCCUGAUCGAAUUUCCGACAAUCACCUCCCCAGUCCCUUCCUACGAGCAGGUCGUGAUGGCCGGCAGCCACCACCAGCUGUCCCUGCCCCAGGUGUCUGCCAUCGCAGCCUAUUCCAAGGGAUUUGCCUGCUCUGCUGGGCCAGGGAGAGUUCUACUGUUUGAGAAGAUGGAAGAGAAGGAGUUUUACCGUGAGAGCAGGGAAAUCCGGAUUCCUGUGGACCCACAGAGCAAUGACCCGAGUCAGUCAGACAAACAGGACGUGCUCUGCAUGUGCUUCAGCCCCUCCGAGGAAACUCUGAUCGCCAGCACCAGCAAGAACCAGCUCUACAGCAUCACCAUGUCCCUGACGGAGAUCAGCAAGGGGAAGACUGCCCACUUUGAGUAUCUGAUGUACCCGCUACACUCAGCGUCCAUCACUGGUCUAGCUACUUGCAUCCGCAAACCCCUCAUUGCCACCUGCUCUGUGGAUCGGUCUGUUCGCAUCUGGAAUUACGAAUCAAACACCCUGGAACUAUUUAAGGAAUACCAAGAAGAAGCUUAUACAAUCAGCCUUCACCCAUCUGGACACUACAUUGUAGUAGGGUUUGCUGACAAACUACGCCUUAUGAAUCUACUCAUUGAUGAUAUACGUUCUUUCAAAGAAUAUUCUGUCAGAGGGUGCAAAGAGUGUUGCUUUAGCAACGGAGGUCACCUGUUUGCUGCAGUCAAUGGGAAUGUGAUUCACAUUUUUUCCACCACCAGCCUGGAGAACGUCUCGAAUCUGAAAGGACACACAGGGAAGAUUCGUUCAGUUGCGUGGAAUACAGAUGACAGCAAACUGAUUUCUUGUGGCACAGAUGGUGCUAUAUAUGAAUGGAAUCUGUCCACAGGAAAGAGAGAGACAGAAUGUGUGCUCAAGUCCUGCAGCUACAACUGUGUUACCAUCUCCCCUGAUGGCAAAAUCAUCUUUGCUGUUGGAUCAGACCAGACUCUCAAGGAGAUAGCAGAUUCUUCAGUCCUUCGAGAGAUGUCAGCAUUUGACGUCACCUACACAGCCAUCGUCAUCUCCCAUUCCGGGCGCAUGAUGUUUGUGGGCACCUCAGUGGGAACCAUUCGUGCGAUGAAGUACCCGCUGCCUCUGCAGAAAGAAUUCAACGAGUACCAGGCCCAUUGCGGUCCUAUCACCAAGAUGUCGCUCACCUUUGAUGACCAGUUCCUGCUGAGCGUCGCCGAGGAUGGCUGCCUGUUCACCUGGAAGGUCUUUGAUAAGGAUGGUCGGGGAAUCAAGCGAGAGAGGGAGGUGGGCUUUGCUGAAGAGGUGCUGGUUACAAAGACGGACAUGGAAGAGAAGGUUCAGGUUAUGUUGGAGCUGAAGACUCGUGUGGAAGAAUUAAAAAUGGAGAAUGAGUAUCAACUCCGACUAAAGGAUAUGAACUAUUCUGAGAAGGUUAAGGAGCUAACAGACAGGUUCCUCCAGGAAAUGGAGUCCUUGAAAACAAAAAACCAGGUUUUAAGAACAGAAAAAGAAGAGCAGGAUGCACUCCAUCGUGAACGCAUGGACGACCUCCUGGAAAAACAGAGCCGGGAACUGCAGGACUUGGAAUGUUACAACAACCAAAAGUUGCUUCUAGAAUAUGAGAAGUACCAGGAGUUGCAGCUCAAGUCCCAGAGGAUGCAGGAAGAGUAUGAGAAACAGCUUCGGGAUAACGAAGAGACCAAGAGCCAGGCCCUGGAGGAGCUGACUGAGUUUUACGAGGCCAAACUGCAGGAGAAAACCACCCUCCUGGAAGAGGCGCAGGAAGAUGUCAGGCACCAGCUGCGCGAGUUUGAAGAGACCAAGAAGCAGAUUGAAGAAGAUGAAGACCGUGAGAUCCAAGAUAUCAAAACCAAGUAUGAGAAGAAGCUUCGGGAUGAAAAGGAAUCAAACCUGCGGCUCAAAGGAGAAACGGGCAUCAUGAGGAAGAAGUUCAGCAGCCUGCAGAAAGAGAUUGAAGAGCGAACCAACGACAUUGAGAUUCUGAAGGGAGAGCAGGUGAAGCUGCAAGGAGUCAUCAAGUCCCUGGAGAAGGACAUCCUGGGUCUCAAGCGGGAGAUCCAGGAAAGAGACGAGACGAUUCAAGAUAAGGAGAAGCGAAUCUAUGAUCUGAAAAAGAAAAAUCAAGAACUAGAGAAAUUCAAGUUUGUGCUUGACUACAAAAUAAAGGAGCUGAAGAAGCAAAUAGAACCUCGAGAGAAUGAGAUCAAGGUGAUGAAGGAACAGAUUCAAGAGAUGGAAACUGAACUGGAGCAUUUCCAUAAGCAGAACACACAGCUGGAGCUGAACAUCACAGAAUUGUGGCAGAAAUUAAGAGCUACUGAUCAGGAGAUGCACAGAGAGAGACAAAAGGAGCGGGACUUGGAGGCGCUGGUCAAACGGUUUAAGACGGACCUUCACAACUGCGUGGCGUACCUCCAAGAACCCCGGCAGCUGAAGGAGAAGGUCCGCGCUCUCUUUGAGAAGUACGUGCAGCGGGCAGACAUGGUGGAGAUCACAGGGCUGAACUCGGACCUGCAGCAGGAGUACGCCCGUCAGCGGGAGCACCUGGAGAGGAGCCUGGCCACUCUCAAGAAGAAGGUGGUCAAGGAGAGUGAGCUGCACCGCGCGGAUUAUGUCCGUAUCAUGCAGGAAAAUGUCUCCCUGAUCAAGGAGAUUAAUGAGCUCCGCAGAGAGCUGAAGUUCACCCGCUCCCAAGUCUAUGACCUUGAAGCAGCCCUGAAACUGACCAAGAAAAUUCAACCACAAGACGUUCCAGAGACAGAGUCCGGCAAAGACUUGCCAGGCAUUCCUCCCACCGUGAGACUGAAUGAGCAAGAAGAAACUGGGAGAAUCAUUGAGAUGCAGCGCCUGGAGAUCCAGCGCCUCAGAGACCAGAUCCAAGAACAAGAGCAGCUCCCAGGCUUCCACCCCUUUGCCGGGAUGCGGUUGCCUUCCCUCCUGGGGGCAGAAGCAGACUUAAAGCUGCAGACCAAGUGACCCCCUCUGGUGAGCCGUCUCCAGCCAGGCCAGAAGAAGCACGGUGCUCCUGUCGUCCCCAGCCUGACUCUGGGCUGCAGCCCCUGCAGCCCUGACCAUACCAGCCUCUCCCUCCUGCCCUGGGGAACCUGGGACACGGGCAGAAUAAAGGUGUUCUCCCACAGUCGCGUCCAACUCUCUGCUUAGCCAGGGAGCUAGGGAGGGAGGAAGGGAGAGAGGGACCCUGAGGCCCGGGGGGCUCCUGCUCGUCCAAAGCCACCACUGCUAGUCCCUGCCCAGGCACAGGGCUGCCUGUCGCUGCAGAGAUCCCACGCCCCGCCCCGCCCUUCUCUGGACCUCAAGGGCAGGGCUGCCUGCCGCUGCAGAAAUCCCACGCCCCUCCCUGCUCUUCUCUGGACCUCAAGGGCAGGGCUGCCUGUCACUGCAGAGAUCCCACGCCCCUCCCCGCUCUUCUCUGGACCUCAAGGGCAGGGCCGCCUGUCGCUUCUGACCUGCCUUCUCCCCUGCCAGCCACGUCAGGACCAGACAAAGCCUCCUACGUUUUCUUCUUACUUAUGAAACAUAAUGAGGUUUGCUGAGAAUUUUCACAGCUGUGUAAAGGUGAGAGUAAAAUCAUGAACAUGGCAAAGUUGGUAGAGUUCCCCCACAUCUUCCAUUAUCUGCAGACCCUGGUAUCACGACUAUAAGCAGAACUCUGCCCUUCUUCCUCUUACCUCCAUGCCUCUCUAGACUUGUCAUCCUCGGUCUGCAGGGCGCUGCCCUGCUCCUCCAUUUCUGGGGGGCACCUCUUCCUCUAGACCCCAUACUGGGUGGCCCAGCCACACAUACCAGGAGAGGUGGUUGUUUAUGCACUAAGAACCCAGAUGUCCCUGUCUUCUCCCACCUGCAGAAGCCAGACACCCUUCUAAUACCCAAAUAACAAAUAUUAAGCCCCCGGUCCCUCCUGGUGUGUCAUGGACUCUCAGGGCUGAGAUACAACCAGACCUCAAGAAGGACUUGAACUAAGACCUGGGACACGGCUGGAACCCCCUCUCCCUCUCUUAUUCUUGCCUCUCUAUAGACCAGCCUCCCAUUGCCAGGACAGCUGGCAGAAGGGGACCCUUAGCAUCCCAUGAGUAGAUGCCCCAAGGCUGACAUGGAGUCUCUAGUCUAACUUUAAAUUGCCCAAGGAGAAUAUUUGGGGCCUAGCUUGAGUCUGGAGCUCACCGCUAUCCAAUCAACUGUACCCAUAGGGGUGGGUCACAGAAUAGAAUCCUGGUUACUGGGGUUCAUCCCUGUAGUGAAGCUGGUCAUUGUGAGUGGAGCAGAUAUUCCAAAAGAUGUCUGUCUGGGGCAACUGUCAGUCAUGGGGAACAUGGGGUGGGGGCAGGGGACCUGGAGCCAUUGAAGACCUGGUGUUGCACCUGUGCUUUAAGCCCUUUAUUCUCCAACUGCCUUUCAGGGUGGCAGGGUGGCAGGGAUGGGACCUCUUUUGCUCACCACUGUCUCCAGCACCUGCACAAUCCCUGGUCCAGAGAAGGGAAACAGUAAAUGUUUGCUGGAUGGAUUAUAUUAUUUAUCGCCUCCCCCCCAACUAUUUAGACUAGGUAUUAUUGUCCCCAUU